UUUUCACUCCCACCAGUACCCGCAAUCCUCACGGGUCAUGACGACGCUUUAUUCCAGAUCCAUCAGAUGCCAGAAGGAGCACUUCCUAACUAAAACCUUUCUCUGUGUCUCUCUGUUAGAAUCUCACAAAGGCUCACCCAAACAAGUAACAUGGCAAUCCAGUAAAAAAUAAAGAAAAAAACCUAAUUCCCCAGCUUUUUCUUUUUUUUCUUCAAACCAAUAAUGGAGUCGGAGCUCAAAGACCUCAAUUCCAAACCCGCCAAGCCCCAAUCGGUCGAGCCGAUCCAUGAGGAAGGAUCCACCAAAGACGACCGUCCACUCCUCAAGUCCGAUUCCUUUCCCACACCGUCAGAGAGCAUCGAGGAGCUCGAGAAGAAAUUCGCAGCGUAUGUCCGCCGCGAUGCGUACGGCACCAUGGGAUGCGGCGAGCUGCCGACGAAGGAGAAAGUCCUGCUGGGAUUGGCACUGAUAACUCUGGUGCCGAUUCGGGUAGUGGUUGGGAUGACCAUUUUGCUGUUCUACUACUUGAUUUGUAGGAUCUUCACGUUGUUCUCAACUCCGAACAGGGAAGAUGACCAGGACCAGGAGGAUUAUGCCCACAUGGGUGGAUGGAGGAGAGCUGUUAUCGUACAGUGUGGGCGGUCUCUUUCUAGGGUCAUGCUGUUCGUGUUGGGCUUUUAUUGGAUCAGCGAGACCCAUCGGGUUCCGCAUACUGAAUCCAAGUCCAGAACUGAGAAUGACGGCAGAGGUCAGUCUGAAGAAGCUGAAAGACCUGGGGCUAUUAUAUCUAAUCAUGUGUCGUAUGUUGAUAUCUUGUAUCAUAUGUCUUCCUCUUUUCCAAGCUUUGUUGCUAAGAGAUCAGUGGCUAGGAUUCCUCUGGUGGGGCUUAUAAGUAAAUGCCUUGGUUGUGUCUAUGUUCAACGGGAGUCAAAGGCAUCUGAUUUUAAGGGUGUUGCAGGUGUUGUGACUGAAAGAGUUAAAGAAGCUCAUCAGAAUAAGUCUGCUCCCAUAAUGAUGCUUUUUCCAGAAGGAACAACUACAAACGGAGACUAUCUCCUUCCAUUUAAGACAGGUGCUUUUUUGGCAAAAGCUCCGGUGCUUCCUCUAAUCCUGAGAUAUCCAUAUCAGAGAUUUAGUCCAGCAUGGGACUCGAUAUCUGGGGUGCGCAUGUCUCUACAAAUUAAAUCAUGUUUCUGUAAAGUGCGCCAUGUGAUUUUUCUUUUAUGUCAAUUUGUAAAUCACCUGGAGGUGGUUCGAUUACCUAUCUACUACCCUACACAACAAGAAAAAGAUGAUCCAAAACUUUAUGCUAAUAACGUCAGAAGGUUGAUGGCUAGUGAGGGUAAUUUGGUAAUGUCAGAUAUUGGACUGGCUGAGAAGCGAAUUUAUCAUGCUGCUCUCAAUGGUAAUAAUAGCCUGCCUAGUGUUUUGCAUCAGAAAGACGAUUGAUAAUUAGAUGGCCAAGCUCCCAAAUGAUAUCUAGUCGCAGUUGAGUUUCUUAGUUUACGUUGUUAUUUGUUAAAUGGUGCACAACCAGUGUGGGGUGGUUAUGACUUCCCCACUGACUAUAUAUUGAAACUGGUGGGCGAUUCUCACCAUGUAAUUUGACUUGUCUAUGGAAAAGUUAGGCCAUUAAAAUACAGUAAUUUCCAUAUGAUGGUGGAUAUCUGUUGUCAAUGCGUCAAACAUAAAAAAUACAUUUUUUUUAAUAUGGUUUUUUAAUUUUCAAUUAAAGGGUAUUAUUAUUAUUAUUAUU